AUGGAAGACGAACAGCCCGAUAAACAGUACGAGAUCAGAGAAGGAAUCGUCUUUCUUAUCGAGUUGACUCCCUCAGUUAAAAGUCACUUGGUUGACAUCUUGAAAAGUAUCGGGGAUUUGAUUUCUCAAUUAAUCAUUAGCUGCCCUCAUAAUGGAGUUGGUAUAUAUUUCUACAAUUGCGCUAAAACCAAUCGAAAGUUGGGUAAACGAAGUGGAUUGAACAAGUUAUUCAGAUUGAAUGAUAUCAAUGUGUCGGCAAUGAAGGUGUUGAAUGCAAUUAUUGAUGAUACAAUUGAUGAUUUUGAAAAUUUCACCAGUCAAUUCCCCAUUGACGAUAAUCCAAGAUUGGAUUUGGUUCUUCAGGCAAUCUUGGGAGAGUUCCAAAGAGGUAAACAGUAUAAUGUGAAGAAGUUGGUUUGGAUCACUGAUAACGAUUGUCCUAAAGUUGAAAAUAAAGAAUCUACAAGGUCCUUUUUAAGCGACUAUGAUCAAUUCAAGUAUCAAAUCAUUCCAAUUUUCAUGGAUACUUCGAAAGAAUUCAAUAUUGAUGUUUACAAGGAUCUUUUCUUACAAACUGGAUACAUAAAUAAUCUCAUCAGAAUCUCUUUGGUAAAGAAGGAAUUUUCUAAUCAAAUUCGAGAUUCCAUUUUGAGAUUAAAAGAAAUCAAACGGAUUCAAUUUGCCUGUAAUUUGAUUUUAAGUGACGGUGAAAUGGGUGGCAGGUUUGGGUGCUCCAUAAAAGGGUAUACCUUAUACGAUCAUGAAACAAUUACUAGAUCACGAAACAUGUAUAUUAGUGAAUCCGGACCUAAGAUUGUUAAGACUUCUACUAAGUAUUCGAGUGGAGACUUACAAGAUGACCAGAUUGAUUCUGCCAAAAUAAGAAGAGGGUAUGAGCUCAAUAAUAACACUAUAAUACAUUUUGAUGAAGAUCAAUUAAAGUUUAUGAAAAAUUAUGCAUUUCAUCAUGGAGGUACAGAGGAAAUCGAAGAUUCGUUAGGUGAAGUGGAAAGCGACGACCAUCCAUAUACUAAAACCCCAUAUUUAAAAUUGGUUGGAUUUAGAAAAAUGGGCAAUUUUGAAAAUUACUUCAAUUGCAAAAACUCCAUCUUUGUCAGUGCCGAUAUUCAAAACGGUCGUACCACCAGCUCUCUGGAUUAUGGUUACACCAAUUCAUUCACCACGUUUGCCUCGUUAUACCAAUCAUGUUUGAAAUUGAACAAGUAUAUGAUUGUUUUUGGGUGUAUCAAGAGAAAUUCGUCGCCCUAUCUCUACUCACUAGUACCAAACCAUCAACCACAAGGGUUUUUGUUGAUUAAAAAACCUUGGCUCAAUGAAAUAAGAUGCUUACCGGAAUACGUGAUGACGGAAGAAUAUUUGAAAAAACAAAACGAUGAAUCAUUAAGUGAAAAGUUCAUUAAAAUCAUCAAUCAAUAUUACCUUAGUUCAUUUAAACCAAGCGAUUGGCCAAAUCCAACUUUGAAUUACUGGUACAAGAUUUUGAAAUACGAAUUGCUACAAAACUCAAUUAGUCCCCAGGAUAAAUUACUACAAAAUAACGAUGACAUGUUGAAGAAAAGGAAUUUUCUCAAUAACGAUAUUCAAAACGUUAAAGAAUUCAACUUUAUCAAAAGCCAACUCAAUAAAAUAGGUAAUACUUACACCGUUAAACAAAAUAAUGCAAUGCCACCCAACAAGAAGCCAAGAUUAGAAUUAACUGAAGACGUUGUUUUAACGGCUUGGAACAAAAACGAAUGGAACUAUUUCACCGUGGCCCAAUUGAAAGAGUUUAUCAAUAAGUACCCUAACCAAAUCAAAAAGGGGUCCACCAAACAAGAGCUCAUUGAUAAUAUCAGUGAUUUUCUUUCCAAACGGACCUGA